UAAAAUUCAAUCACGCUUUCAUGUUAUCCAAUAAACAUCAAGAUCGAUAGCGCAGAGAUAGCCCUAGUCCUAUCAAACGCCUGUAUCUGAGUCCAAGACGUUGAGCUAACAGUCGUGGAAAAAGCCUCAUAGACUACGGACCCUAAGGUUGAAUCCUAACAGUCCAGCUCGAAUGCCUAUCGCGAUUGUACACACCGGCAAUUCAAUGCAAAUACCUGGUGCACGUGCUGCUCCCAGCUGUACUACGAAUUUGAUACAAAUGUGAAAUACUCAUCGUUAAGUGAACACAAUCUUUCAACAUUGUCCUUCAUUCUCCUUUUUACUGAAGUGAAAAAGGAUUAGCAAUGAAAUCCAACGAACUGAAUUUUAAAAUGAUUCUUCCUCCUGCAACUGUCGGAAUCCUCGUGGUAGCUUCUGGAAUUUGUUUUAUUUUAUUCAACAGUUUUCGCAGAGGGAAAACCGGAGCCGAUAAAAACGAGAAGAAAGUACCAGUUGAUGACCGACGUUGCGCCUGUUGUCUUAAACCAUUUAUCAUUGGUGGUGGUGUUCAGUGCAGCGACUGCAGCACGAGAUUCUGCAGGAAAGGCUGCGGACGCUGGGUAGUGAAGGAUAACGUUUGGCGUUGUUUGAUUUGUUAUCAUAGAAGCACGUGGUCGCAGAAAAAAGAAAAGUGCUUUGAUACACUCAGUGGUGUGCCGUCAAGAGAAGAAUCACGUGGUCAGUUCAGGACGGCGAAAUCCCCGGUUUAUGUUGCAGGCGUCGAGCAUGGUAUCAUCAAUUCCGGCGUGGAGUUGGCUGCCGAUGGAGAUCAUGAGACGGACACGUUGGAAAAUAUUCGUGAAAUUAUUGAGAAAGUAGUGGAGAGCCUCGUCGGCAGUGUGGACAAUGCACCUAUCGAUCGACUCUAUCAGCAUUCCUCAUAUGAUCAGUUUUUCGAGGACUUUGGCGUACAUUUGACUGGGGCUCUUGCGCACCUGGCGGUUGCUUUACGGAUGUGUAUGGCAAACAAACCGGCCACAGACACGCCGAGUAUGGCGCACACUGCACUACGAGAACUUGUGGAGCGUGCGGUCGACGAGGCACGUAAACUACCGGGUCUUGGUGAUUCGGUUACAAUCAGAAGACAGAACAAUACGAGCAUCAGUGACGAGCAAAGCUAUGAGGAUUUAUUAGCAGCGGCCAUACUCAACAAAGUCGUCGAGAAAUACCAGAAGGGCCGUGUCGACGGCAACAGCAAUGUUGUACGUGAAAUAACGUCGAAACGAUGUAGACACAGAGGAUCAGAGGCCAGUGCGAGUGGAAUAGAUGAGGGAAGCAGUGCAGAUCCAAUGUCCCAGGAUGAGUGCAGCAGUGAGUGCAGUCGAACGAAAACUAAACUUCGAAUUCGUCAGGAACCUCUCUCCCUCACGAUCGAGGAGCAGAUUGAGGAAGUUACGACGACGUACACAUCUGAUGAAGAACCGAGAAAUGUCAAGGCGAAUGUACUUCAUUUCCGGAAUGCCAAACGUGUGCCAUUUCCGGAGUUUGGAAUGGAUAUUGUGGAUCCGUCUCACGAUUCAUCCGAGGAAAGCGAAGACGACGCCUGUGUUUCCGUGGACCACAUAACGCCCCUCGAGACUUGGGAACAAAAUUGGCUCUUCCAGAGGAAGAAAAUUGCUGCUCAACCUGAGCCUGUUGCCAUGCUUGUACCAAAUCCCAGUGAAGAUUACCGAGCUCUAAUUGGGGACAAGGACGCUGAUGACAUGUCAGAUUUAUCAGAGUUCUCAGCGCAAUCUGACGAAGAGGCCGAUGAGGAUUUGAUAGAGGCGAUUAAUCAGGUUGUACCAGCCUCGCCACAAGUUGUACGAGUUCCCUCCGGAGUUCAAAAGACCAAGUCAGCGAUUCUCCACGAUAAUUUCACUGGUGAAAUUAUGUGUGAGGAUUCUAAUGAUCUACAGUCUCCCGAUGAAUCCACAUCGGGACCAAAAAUUGAAUUGGAAAUUGGGAAGAAGGAGAAAAAUCCCGAGAGGGACCUGAAAAUCAAUGAUACGGAAAUUGAAGUCACUAGAGAGGGAGAGAAUUAUGGAAGGAGAGAUACAACGGGGAAUACGGAUAUUAAAGAGGACAGAAAUAAAGUCCCCAAGACACCGACUGCUACACCGACCAGAAAUUCCAUCUGCGAGGGUGAUCUAGCACAACCGGUUACAUGCGAUCUACAAAAAUUGAAUGAAAAACUCAUUGCAAUUGAUGACAGUGAUAACAAUGAAGAUGAAGCUGUUGACCAUCUUAAACCUCAUUCGCCAGAUGUCGAGAGGCAAUUGGAGCUUGAAAAAUCUGAACAAUUUCUCCACAAUGAUGUGGAAAAUGGCAACACUCUGAAGAAUGAAAGGUCGCCUCUAGAGAAUGGAGAGACACUCAACAAUGUCUCAGCUUGUCAGGCGGCUGCGGUAGCCGCCAAGGCCAAACCCACAUCAUCCGUCGAGACGAAAUCCAACGAGGAAGGCCAAGCACUUUCUGCCCCACCUCGACCAGGAACUAUCGCUGAACGUGAGCACAAAAAAUGGGAGAAUGCAGCACCGAUACAGAAUAAUCCAUACAGCGAGGAGAAUAUUCAGAAAAGAUUGCUGGAGAGACAGUACGCCAGGAGAUCAUCAGAUGCUCCUGGCUCGGGAGUCUUACCUACUAGUCCCAGCCCACCGCUGAAAAUCGUGCUGGGAGGAAAUCGACCUGAUGUUCAGAGAUUCGCCCGGGACUACUACAUAAACGAAUCAAAAUCGCCAAUGGGUGAGAGACACCGUCGGCCGGGUACAUCGAACUCGAGCAGACCCAGCAGUUCUCUGUCCCAGAAUUCAGCAUCAACCAGCAGCGACUACGAGCACCAGGAGUCAUUCGAGCUGAUCGAAGCAUCGCCCAAGUCCCAGAAUAACCGAGAAACAGAGCCCCAAGAAGUGAUAGAAGAAAUCCUCGAGCGAGAACGAAAAAACAGUAAAAAUGAAAUAAACGCAAAGCUGAACAACCAGGGAAACUUCGACUCUCCGAUAUUCGAUAGCAAGAAAUCGUUCACUGAGGAAAACAACAGAAAAAUUCGAAGGAUCGAUCUGAGAGCGUAUGGUUUUGCGAAUCAGUUCGAUGAGAGCAGCGAAAUUCAGAAAAAACCUCCGCGAGUUGUGAACAAAUUGGAUUUAAGAUCGUACGGAUACGACUCAGGUCUUCGAAGAACUCAAUCGAACAAUCACAUUGACAGCAAAGUCAACAACAGUUUUGUCCAACCGAAAUUGAUCGAUGAUAAAUCUAAUUUAACACAGAAUCAUUCACCCCGUCUGAGAAGUGAUGAUUACAUAUGGACACAGAGUACUGACGAUUUAAAUCAGGAGAGGGAGAUAAUUUUGGACAAACUUGGAGGAUUGACAACGGCCAAGUCUGUGCCAAAUAUUGCGAAGAUCAGUUCCUUCGGUUGUAAUGGAAAUAAAAAGUCUGAUGAUGAUGGUGAGAUUUGCGUUGCACGAAGGGUCAACGUCUCUCAGGACAAUGAGGUCGACAGUUAUGAUUCAGAUUCACAAAAUUCUAGGACAGAAUCAGCUGAAGAAUUACCAACAAAGCUCCCCAGGUCGAAGGAGAUGAGGUAUUCGUUGGAGUCUUUGGAGGGUCCUGACAGGUUCAUCGAUGCUGCCUUGCCUAUGCCUUCGGUGAGGAGAUUAGCCCAGGCCUUUAAUGCACCACCUGAAGUGAAACCAACACCAGUUCCGAGGGUGAAUAAACCCGUCCUACGAGACCGUCCAACCACUCCUGAAAUUCAUAUUGUGAAGACUCCGAGGCAAAUGCACAGUUUAACAGCGAGAUCUUUAUCCCGAGAGUUUCGCGAGGGAUUAAAAAAUAUUUCUUGCAAACCCAAUGCACAACCUGUCUACAGUACCAUCAUUGAACAGAGUAAAGUCCCAGCUGGUUCGGUCUCGGACGAAGCCGACGAUAACGACAAGAAAAAGGUGAUUGCAUCCGGUAAUUUGAGGAAUAACAUUUAUUUUUGGGAACAACUACAGAGAAAACCCUGAGGAAUUCUCUCGUUGGAUACUAAAGGCUCAAUUCUUCAAAUUAUUUAAUCCCUGUACCCGUACCUAAAGUAGAUAUUCCCUGGAAAAUUAUACAUUGCGUGGAGUAAUCAUAGAAUGCGAACACAACGGAAACUGCCAUAACUUAAUUUUAAUUCUAUUAAUUCUCGCUAAUUCUGAACUAGGUAUUUAUUUUUCGGCUUGCGAAUUCAACAGAUUUGAAUUAUUCAUUUCUAGAAAAUAUUUUUCCAUUAGAGAAAAAAAAAAUCUUAUUCUGUGCCAAAGGACACAUCGGUGUCACCAUCCAAAGAGGGAGAAAAUUUUCGCAUAAUUUAUCAUUAGGUUUUAUAUUAUUUAUAAAUAAAUCACUGUUGGGAUAUGAAAAAAAUUGUUAUUGAUUAAUAUAUUUUGUAAUUCUUACAUGAAAAAGAAAUUGGUAAAAUGUUUAAUUGUGUAUAUACAUAGUAAAUAUUCAUAUUCGAUGACAAAACAUUGUCACAGUAUUUAUGAUGCUAAAUUUUCAAAGUUUAAACGUUGUCAUUGUUUGUUGUUUAUUGUAUUAAAUUACUCGUUCUACCGCAAUACUUUCAAACUGUGUAAAGAAUUGAAUAAAAUUGGAGUAAAGAUAGAA